AUGUCAGACUUCUUUCUCGCUGAUAUCGAGAAACACGAUGGCACGCCGACGCGCCCGCUGAUGUCCUGGACCGAAAAAUAUCUCCAGGCAAUGCAGCUUAUGGCAGUGACUGAGGAACAAGUCAUCCGGAAUUUCCCAGCCUUCCUCACCCGCACUGCGCGUCGCUGUUGGGAAGGUCUCACGGCCGCCCAAAAGCAGGGCCAACCACUACCGGUCCUCAAGAACUGGGCCACAGCGGUGAGAGCUCUACGAAGCCGACGAGAAGAAGCCACGUCCCUCUUGGAAGAGAAGAAGUUUAAAAAAGGCGACGACCUGAAUAAGUUCGCCGAGGAGAUUUCUGCCCUUGUGGAAGCGCUUAGCUCGGAUGAGGCCUGGGACUCUGAGAACGAAGCGAAGGAAGAAGUACGCCAACAAGAACUCGACGCCGCUGUCGUCUCCGCUGUCUAUGGAGACAACUACAACCAUCGACGAGGCAGAGGGAACAACCGACCCCGAUACAAUCAACAAUUCAACGGAUACCGAGGACGCGGACAAGGACGAGGCGGAUACCAAGGAAACAACUAUUCCCAAAACUACCAAGGAGGAAACAACCAGCAAGCCUGGAAUAGCAACCGCGGAUAUCAAGGACAACGGGGAUACAAUUUCCAAAACAACUUCCGAGGAAACCGAGGACAACGCGGCAAUAACCACAACUUCAACUUCAGCAACAGAGGGAACUACAACGGCUACCAGAACAACUACCGCAACAACAACGGAGCCGUAAAUGCUGUAGACCAACAAGAUGCCCGAUACGGAGACAACGUAGUCUUCGUGAAUGGAGACAAUAUCCACGCCAUUUUCGACGAUUUGCAAAUUGAUGAGCACCAACAAUCCGACUCUGAACUUUACGACAACCAAAUCCAGGAAGAACUACAAGCCGCCGAACCAAUUGGAGAAGAAGAAGACGACGAGAGACCACAUCCCGAGGACGAAUACGGAUUCGAAAAUAUGCACGAUGCCGAUUUGACCGGAAACUACGAUGAGGAUCAGGAACACCACGGAGAUAACCCGCCGCCAACCAGAAAAAUCGAGAUCUUACCCCAGGGAAAUCUGCAAGUGAAAAUCGAAAGCACCCAAGAAGCUGAAAUCGAGGAUGGAUUCGAAAUGGGAGCACCGGAACCCACAAAUGUGACCAAAAAGUCGAUGAAGAAGAGGAUGAACAAGACCAACAAAAACAAGCAGAUCCAGAAGAAUGGGAAAGCCAAGACGGAAGACGAGACGUCAAGCACGAGCCGGAACACGAACGGAAGGACCAGCAUUUGGUCGAGGGUGACCUUUAUGGCCAUUCUCGCCACGCUGAUCGCACCCGGAAUGCCACUGGAAGUCACUAAUUGCGAACGCACCGGACCCCCGACGAUGAUGGAACUACCGAAGCUACCAAACUGCAAUAUGCGCCUUUCCAAGAAAUUCCCAGCCAAGAUCUAUGAGGCACAUACGACACUCAAGAAAUCCAAAGCGUUCGAAUGCCAAAGCGAAGCAAUUAGCAUUUGCCGGAGCUCAUUCCUCAAAAUGACCGAGACGACCACUGCCUCUCGAACAAAAGCAACAAUAAUCACAGCCGAAGCUUGCCGGAAAGCCACUACAGAGGGAAAGAUUGAAAAUUUGGUGCUGACGAAGAACCAAAACCUCUGGACAACUGAAACGGAAGAGAUGCCAAGUCUACCUUGGUUCGGAGAGACCUGCAAGACGAUCAACAAGUUCAAAAUCCGCGAGGGAAACGCAUAUUUACUGGAUCCAAAUCAAAUAACUCUAACCGUAGGAGUUGGAAUGGCGUCACCAAACAUCACGGAAGUCAGAAAUGGGGACUCAAUCACGGUAUGGGAACAAAUCGUACCCGAAGACUGUCACCUCGAGUUCCUUACUUUUGAAAUGGUCGAAACCAAUUUCCAAACGAUGUGGCUCCCAGAGCUAAAGGUCAUCGUACCGGACGAUUCACCAGCGAAAAAGCAGAAGAAGCGAGAUACCGGAGCCAAAAAUGGGGACUUGACGUUCACAUUCGACCCAUCACUAGAACCGAAGGAGAACCUUCGACAAAUGUGGAAUUUGUUGACAACGAUGGUGAAUAGCUCAACAGCCGCAAACAGCAAUUUGAGAGCGGAAAUGAAGAAAAUAACGACGCUAAACACGGCACUUCGAAACAGAAUCGACGAUCUACAAAUGGAACAAAGACUGGACGACAUGGAGAAGAAGAUCAACACCUUGAAGAACAAGACCCAAGAACAACUAACUGUGAAAAAUCCGGAGAUCGAACAAAUGAAGGCGGAAAUCGAGAAAAUCAAGCUGAACACCAAGACCAACGGAGGCAUCGAUAGCUACGCUCAAGCUACUCUACAAUCCGCACUGGAAAAAAUGCGAACACAAAUCGAGGAACUCAAGACGAAAAAUGGCCAACAGGAGGACGAAUUUCAAACUGAAUGCCGAACACAACAAAACGAGCUGCAAAGACUUCAAACAAGAAUGCUGAUCAACCCGACCCAGGCCAUACGAGAAGCCAUGGGGAAGCCGAAUCUCGUUGCACAGAAGAUCGAUCAAAGCCGGCUUUUGAUUAUGGAGUGUGAAACACUGUCCAUUGAAGAAUCCCAGCUACUCAAAUCUCAUCGACUGAAUGACACGAGCUGCUUCGAAGAAAUCCCGGAUAUCUACAACAGGACAAAAGCUUCCGGAGAAGAACUCUUGGACACGGUCCAAAACCGCACCUUAUCCGUCGUCGACCGCGUAGGUGAAAAGACAAAAGAUGCGAUUGAUGGUACAAAAGUAUUAAUCAACGACACGAUGGAUGAGAUCAGAGGAUGGGCAUCGAAAAUAUUUUGGUGGAUUGGAAUACCUCUCAUCUGCAUCAUAUUCAUCGUUGGAGGAAUCUUCUUUUACUUCAAAAUAUGGCUGAUCCAGACAUCAACCGAAGGACUGACAUCGAUCGUUAGAAGAAUUCUGCCAGCGCAGAUUAGCUCAAUCACGGAACAGGAAGCUCAAAACCUUCCUUUAUCCCGAAUCAAUGCAAUCCUCAACAACACCGUCGAAACAGAAUCAGAUGAGGAACCAGAAAAAAUUGUCCGAAGCAAGAGGAAGCACCGAAAAUGGAAAGGUACCGGCACACCACAGGAUUUCCGAGCGGAAUGGAGACGAAUCGCUACUACAGUCGCCGUCGUCGCGAGCCUAUCGACGGCAUCAGCACUACCAAUUGUCGGACUUCAUCUGGAUGGACACCAG